GUCACACCGGUUAAUUUUCAUCAAUCUCAGGUUUUGUUUUUGCCGUUCUGUACUUGUCACGAAUAUCUGCCGAAAUGAAUGACUUCCAAGGAACCUGGAUUCUCGAGAGUACAGAUAACUUCGAUGGGUAUAUGAGGAAGUUAGGUGUGAACUUCAUUAUGCGAAAGCUUGGCAACCUGGCGAAACCCACCCAAGAGAUCAAGGUCAACGAUGAGGGAGAAAUUUACAUCAAAACAAUCACUAGUAGCACCAUCGGUAAAUGGUCGGAGCUCACUUUCAAAUUGGACCAGGAGUUUGAUGAAAAGACAAUAGAUGGGAGACAAGUCAAGAGUUUGGUGACAAAGGAAGAAGAGGAUUUUGUCCACACCCAGAAUCCUUCAAAUGGUGGACCAAAGACUAUCAUCAGAAGGCGUAUUGAGGAUGGAAAAUACAUUAUGAAACUCGAAUGUGACGGCGAAGUUUGCACGCGAACGUAUGUGAAGUCCAAGGCUGCGUAAAGCGCCCUUAUAUGGAAAUUUGCUCUCUAGUCUAUGGAGAAACACGAUAGUCAUUGGCUAGACGACUAUUAUCACUGGGAUAUAUAAUUUGAUGAACGUUAUUUUAUCUUGCUUCAAGUACUUUACAUGUAAUGUAUCUUCAGAUGUACAUCGUUACCUAUGAGAUUUCAUUGUAGCUUAAUACUGGUACGCCUUUAUCUCUUUUGAUAAGCCUGCAGACUCUACUGGGGGAAAGCUUCUGCAGUGCUAUUGUACUCAAGAAAGCAAUUGAUGAUUUGAAGUACAAGAAACCGUUAACGCGCUCUUCUGGUGAAAUCAAAUUCUUGGAACCAUUUUGUUCAUCAGACUGCCCUCUAUUGUCCAAAAUCGAAAGCACAGCUGUAUGUGGUAAAUUACCACAUAAAUAACAUAAAUAAAGCAAUAGGCCAUCGGAGACAAGACCACAAUUGAUUUUUUACGCCUUUUAGCAGUUAAAUUGUCAAUGUUUGACCGCGACGCAUCAAAUACUGCGUGGGGUUGUGAAUCUGAAAUUUAGAUUAUGUUAUUCCGGACAGUCGGGCAAGUAAAUGGUGAAAAAUAAACUGGUAGUUGACCACGGAAAUUUUUUGAUAAUCGACAAAUUAGACAGACUUUGAUAUUUCCACUCUUUUCAGCCAACUGGCAGAAAAAACUCAAAACACGCCCCCUCUCUAUUACCCAAUUAGCAAAAUUCGAUAUUAAUUUUUUCAUCAAAUAAUUUCUUUAUAUCUGUAGACUUGCCACAGCAAAUAUUUUUUCAAUACCUCUCCAAAUAUGUACUUGAGAGUUAAAAACAUGCACUCGUCUAAUUGAUAGGCCUCGACCCUCCAACCUAUGAAUAUUCAUUAGUGGUCUUGUCUCAUCAACACUGCAAUAUCUCUGUGUAAGAACCCACGUAUUGAAGUUUUGAAGCCAAAUGUUUGUGAAAUUGCUCCUCUUUUUUUGGCUCAUUCUUGUAUCUGCUCAAUGUUUAAACCAAAGUCUGGCUUUGCCUGUCUGUUUUUCAAUCUUACAACCUGCUGACUCUGUUUGCCUUUUGUAGUGAUGUACUUGAUCUCUAGUUUUGCUAAAAAGUGCAUCUUACUAUAAAACGAGUGGACAUGUACUUUUGCCAAUAUUGUAUCAUUGAGUUUCUGUGUAUUGGUCGGUGCGUCCAAAAAAAUCUGGUCAGUAAAUUCAACGCAUUGGGGCAUCCUCAUUUGGUGGACCAUAAAAAUGACCAAGUAAAAUUGGAAUAUAUUCGGCAUCCUUACAUACCAGACUUUGAUAGCUUUUUAAAGUAUGUUUUUUUUGUUCGCUCUGAUUGGGUGCAAUGCAAAGGUUUUUUUAGACCAAUGUUACUGUGUAAAUUCAGAUUGGUACUACAUGUAUUGUAUGAUAUUUGCUCACUGAGUCUGAGAAGUCAUUUUAUAGAUUUAAAGUAUAAAACCCACUUUCUUUCACUGAGAAGUCAUUGAGAUUUAUACAAAUAAAAUUCACUUUCAUCUCGACAGUAUUUUUAAAAUGGAUACACCACCAGUCUUGUUUGGAAGUGUUCUUGUUUUACAAGUGUUCUUGUUUUACAAGUGUUCUUGUUUUACAAGUGUUCUUGUUUUACAAGUGUUCUUGUUUUACAAGUGUUCUUGU